UACUUUGUCUGAACAAGGCAAAAAGGAAGUUUAACUUCCCUCACCUCUGAUUUGCUUCCUCUCUCUCUCUCCCCGCCUCUCUCUCUCUAAAAAUAGCAACCACUAGACUGAUUUUCCCAUGAAGUUUGGGGACAUCUAAUAUCUUUUCCCUGAUAUGCUCUCUCAGUCUCUCAAGUCUCAACCCUAUUUUCUCUCUCCAUCAUUCUCAGUCCUACUGUUCAUUCCACAGUGCUAAAGUUCUUAUCUUUUUCUCUGAUUUCUCUCCCCCCUUCCUAUUCCCUUUCUUGCCACUUUUGAUAGGCCUUCCUCUCUCACCGUCCCCAUGAUUGCCUUUCUCGUUUUGAUUUCUUCAACAGCAACAGCCCCUUUUCCUCCUCCUUAUUCUGUUUUUUUCUGGAUUAAUCUACCGUUCUUGGAGUGAGAAGAUACUCUUUCUUGGGUCUGUUUCUUGAUCAAAUACAGCUUCGAGCUUUUGGGUGCUCCUUCGCUUGAUCUUUCUGACAUGGGAUUCUCUUCUUAUUGCAAUUUGACGCUUGGUCUCUGUCUUUUCCAGUCCAUUUCUCCUUAAGGCUCGAGCGUUCUUACCGGGAUGGUUAAUUUGGUCUGCUUUUUUUGUAGCCACUUUCUGUGCACAAGUAGUCACUCGACUGUUUCGUUGUUUGGCAAAAGGAAGUUCGAGGUCUGUUAGUGUAUGCCAUAGACAGUCUUUCUUGGUGGAGUCUGAUGUGGUCGGUGUGCAUUGAAUUCGACUAAUCUCGAAUCUGUUAUCUCUCUCUCUCUCUCUCUCUCUCUCUCUCUCUGAUUCGCUCAUGGCAUCCUGGAGUUUCAGUUCUGGGGAGAAGGGGGUUCAGUCAGAUGGGACAAUGUCAUCCUCUGAUGCUCUUGCAAGAAGUAAAAAUGCUUUCUUGAGUUGGGAACUGAGAACUCCAUCUGGUUUUGGUAAUAACGGCAUGCUGGUCUCUGCCCACCAGGCAAACCAUAGCAUUGGCCCAGGUUUUGGUGAAUUAGGAUUUCAAGACAUGGCCAAGCAAGUCCCCAGGGAUCCAAUCCGGGAUGUCUGGUGUCCCAGAGUUGGAGGAGGAAGAGACAUGAACCCAAUCAUGGCCUCUCCAAUCCAUUUCCUGUCCGAUGAAGAGUCCUCGAAACUCACAAGCUUUGUCAUGGACUCCAGCAGUAGAGACUCCUCACUUAUUGAUUUGAAACUCGGGAGGUUUUCCGAUAACAGGGACCCGCCUAAAUCUAGGCUCCCCGUCCUGUCGUCGUCCGAGUCGUCCACGGCACCGAAGAGGGUUCGAGCGGCCGGGCCGAAUUUCCAGAACUCGUAUUGCCAAGUUUAUGGCUGUAACAAGGACCUUAGCUCCUCCAAAGACUACCACAAGAGGCAUAAAGUUUGUGAGGCUCACUCAAAGACUUCAAAAGUCAUAGUGAGCGGCAUUGAACAGAGGUUUUGCCAGCAGUGUAGUAGGUUUCAUUUGCUGGCUGAAUUUGAUGAUGGGAAGCGCAGCUGUCGUAAACGUCUUGCCGGCCACAACGAACGCCGUAGGAAGCCCCAAGUCGGCAUUCACUCUGCAAGGGCUGGAAAACUCUUGCAGCCAUAUGGUGGAAACAGGUUUCAAGGGAAUGUGUUCGCGACUACGUCCUUUAUUUGCCAGGACAUACUCCCUAGUGGCAGCCGUCUGCCUCCUGAGAAGUUUAAAGCCGAUGACUGGGGCAACCGUGUUAAAGCGGAACAUGGAACUGAUUACGGUACACUAUCGGUAGUGCAUCCCAGAUCGCCUUUCCCCUCUUACGGUUUUGGAAAACAGCUGCCUCCAUUCCUUGAUAGUAGAGGUAAUUCCACCUCGGUGAGCAUUUUUGGCGAAGGCAGCCGAUUUCAGCAUGAUGCCGAAGGAACAAAUUCCGGUUCGCGUUCCUUGUUUCCUGACCCCUUGGGGAGUGAAGACUAUGGCAUCUUCGACACCGAAUCGACGGUUCAAGGAUUGCCGGGAGUUUCAGAAUCUGGUUGUGCUCUCUCUCUUCUGUCAUCUCACUCUCGGAAUUCUUCUGGCCAAACGUCUGGGAUUCCCAUGGACCAGCCCCUGAUCAUGCACGGCGGCCAUUCGCGGUAUGGCAUGGGCCCGGUGUCCGAAAACCUAAUGGGGGUCAACUCUUUCACUCUGGAAAAUGGAGUGUCGGGCAAGUUCUCUUCAUCAGGAAUCCAUUCUGCAGAACCAAAUCAAGGCUCGAUCCUAAUCUGUGACAACGAGAACUCCAAUUACGAGAUCUCGGGAGGGUUUGUACAUGGAUCGAGUCUUUUAGAUGCAAAAGACCAUCUUCCUAGCAGAGACGAUGGACCGACUAUCAAUCUGCUUCAACUGUCUUCACAACUUCAGCGCGUGGAGCAUCAAAGACAAUCAAUGCACGUGAAGCCGGAAAACAACGCUUUCUCUUGCCUCCAGACAACUUAAACCUUCCCAAAAUGAAGCUUCACGAAGUGGCAAGGCAGUACUACAACGUCCUGGUCUUUUUCUUUCUUCCUCCUCUGUCAGGUUCCUCAAAGUCUGUUUUAGAACUCGAAAGGAUGAAGCGAAAUGUAGUUCCUCACACUGUCUAUGCAACUCUAAGUGUUUUUCAAGCUUAAAGGUGCCGAAUAACUGUUCUUUGAGCGCCGUAAUCUGGCGGAUAACUCAACCAGUGUGACUCCAAUUGUAUGAAUUGCCAGAUUUCGAUUUCAGGGUCGAA